AAUUAGGCCUAAACAAAAAAUGGAUUCCGGUGUGUGAUCCACAUCUUGAGGCCAAUACACUUCUCCACUCCAUAUAUAAACACACACAUACCAUCAUUCAUUUCAUUAUAGCAAUUGCUCUUAACAUUAUCUCAACAAAAUUACAUUCAAAUUGAGGGAAAGAAGACUAUAAUGGAAGAAGCGAAGAAAUCAUUGAAGGCCAAGGGAGAGAGCCAGAGGAUUGUGGUUGCUGUGGACGAGAGUGAAGAGAGUAUGUUCGCCUUGCAAUGGUGUCUUUCAAAUCUCACUUCUCCAGACACCAAAAACACUCUGAUUCUCCUCUACGUUAAGCCUCCUCCAGCCAUCUCAAUCUCUUCCUUCGAUGCGCCCGGGUAUGUGUUUUCAAGCGAGGUGAUUUCGGCGAUGGAAAAGCAGAGCAAGGAUUUGGUUAACGCGGUGAUGAAGAGAGCGGAAGCGGUUUAUGCGAAGUUUAGUAGCAACGUAAAUUUGGAGAGAGUAGUUGGGAAGGGAGACGCGAAGAACGUGAUAUGUCGCAUAGUGGAGAAGCUUGGAGCCGAUACCUUGGUAAUGGGCUGCCAUGGUUAUGGCUUCUUCCAGAGGGCAUUGCUGGGAAGUGUGAGUGAUUAUUGUGCGAAAUAUGCAAAAUGUCCGGUGGUUAUUGUGAAGCAUCCUUAAGAAUUGGGAGAAACAAUUUAAUUAAAGGCCACCAAAGAGAAUUAACAUAAUUUUAAUUAGCAUGGCCUUUCAUAGGCUUGAUUUCUCUAUCUUCCAUUAUAAUUUAGCUGUAAUAUUCUAUCUUCCAUUGUAAUUUUGCUGUAAUAUUUUAUGAUAUAUCCUUAAUGGAAAUGAGGUGUUAAGUCUCUUUUACGUUCAACGAA